AUGUUCAAAGUAUUUUUGCAUCUUGCUUUUCUAUUCGAAUUUUUAACCUUAACUCUUGGACAAGACCAUGAAAAGAUUUGUCGUGAAAAAUGGACGCUCUUCAAAGCAUCAUCUGCCUGUUACAAGAAAUUCCCUUCACACGAAUGUUUCGAUAGUGCUGAGGCAAAUUGUGUUCAUGAGGGCGGUCAUCUUGUAUCGUUUCAUAGCCAAAAGGAGAUGCAAUUCAUCACUGAUCGAUACAGUCAAUCAUCGAUCGACAGGCUUUGGAUUGGAUUUCAUAAAGUAGGCAAUACUUGGGAAUGGACGGACAAAACUGAAGUGGACUAUACUUUUUGGAUUGAUGGAGAGCCGAAAGAUCACGAGAAUCAAUUGCCGAUUGCCGCUUUUACUUAUCUAUUCGACGAGAAUAAAUGGUUGACUCGGGAAAAGAAUGAGACGAGCGGAUACAUUUGCAAAUAUCUCUUGAAA